AUGUUUGCUGUCUUCCCUUAUGCUAGGUUGACUCCUAUCCUGAUUGCCGGUUCUAGACAAAAGCAUCUAAGUGGAGGUGGAGAAACUGCUAACAGUUUGGAUUGGACCUAUCCCAUGAGGAGAGAGAUGCAGGAAAUUUUACCUGGAUUAUUUUUAGGCCCAUAUUCUUCAGCUAUGAAAAGCAAGCUACCUAUACUUCAGAAACAUGGCAUAACCCAUGUAAUAUGCAUACGGCAAAACAUUGAAGCGAAUUUUAUUAAACCAAACUUCCAACAGUUAUUUAGGUAUUUAGUCUUGGAUAUUGCAGAUAAUCCAGUUGAGAAUAUAAUACGUUUUUUCCCUAUGACUAAAGAAUUUAUUGAUGGAAGUUUACAAAGUGGAGGAAAAGUUCUUGUCCAUGGAAAUGCAGGGAUUUCUAGAAGCGCUGCCUUAGUUAUUGCAUACAUAAUGGAAACGUUUGGGGUGAAGUACAGGGACGCAUUUACUUAUGUUCAAGAAAGAAGAUUCUGUAUUAAUCCUAAUGCUGGAUUUGUCCAUCAACUUCAGGAAUAUGAAGCCAUCUAUCUAGCAAAAUUAACCAUCCAGAUGAUGUCACCACUGCAGUUGGAGAGAUCCCUCUCAGUUCCACCUGGUACUACAGGAAGUUUAAAGCGAAUGCAUGAAGAGGAUGAAGAACUUGGAACCAUGCAAGUGGCAGCAGCGCAGAACGGAUGAUACCUGAGGACAGCACUGUUUGUAUUGUGAAUUCCUGCCAAGAAAGGUGAAGAAAACUAGGGAAAAAGAAUUAAUAAUGCAAAAUGAUGAAUGAACACACACACACACAUAGCUUCUUUUCAAUUACAUGUUGCUUUCAGAUGUAAAUCUGCCUCUGCAACACACUAAGCAUCAUUUUUAAGAUGUUGGACUUCUUGAAUGAAUAGAUGGCACUGAUUGUUUUACUCCUUUUUUACACUUUACAGUUUUAUUCUAAACCAAGAUUUUUGGACUUGCAAAGAGGUAUUAUUGCAAUAAUGCACUUUUCAUACUUGAAAUUUCUUUAUUUGUAUGAUAUAAAGUUAUUACUUUAAACAAAAUGCAAGCUGGGGGGGAUUUGUUUAUAAAGUUAUUUGUGUAAUUUAUAACAAGA